GAUAAAAUUUAAAAUAAAAUUAAAUCUUUAAAUUAAUAAUGGGACGCAUGUAAGCCAAGGGAAAGGGAAAGGGUAUCUCUGGAUCGGCCCUUCCAUACAAAAGAAAAGCUCCAAAAUGGUUGACUCUAUCAUCAAAGUCAAUUGUUGAUCAAAUAGUGAAUUUGGCAAAGAAGGGUAAAGAAAAAAUUGUAAUUUGAGGUUUGAAUGGAUCAUAAAUUGGUGUUUAUUUAAGAGAUCAAUAAGGAAUUCCAUAAACAAGAUUCUUAACUGGAUAAAAGAUAUUGAGAAUCUUAAAAAAGAGAGGUAUUAAUAGGUAGAAUAACCUAAAGGUUGUGCUCCAAAGAUUCCAGAAGACUUAUAUGCUUUAAUUAAGAAGGCUGUUCAAAUUAGAAAACAUUUAGAAAAGAAUAGAGGUGAUAUUACAAGCAAAUUCAGAUUAAUUUUGGUUGAGAGCAGAAUUCAUAGAUUAAGUAGAUAUUACAGAAGAACAUAAAAAUUGCCAUCAAAUUGGAAAUAGUAAGCAAUAAUAAUAAAUGUUUAGUGUUUCAAAGACAGCAUCAGCCUUAAUUGGUCAAUGAACAAUAUUUUAUACAUAUAGUACAUUGUAUAAUAAUUAUAUAAAUGUUU